AUGAAGCGUGAAUUCGGUUUCGCUGGUUUCCCAGUUACUGAAGGUGGUAAGAUGCCAGGUAAGCUAUUGGGUAUUGUUACUUCUCGUGAUAUCCAAUUUGUCGAAGAUGACUCUAUUUUGGUUUCUGAAAUCAUGACCAAGGAUGUUGUCACCGGUAAGAAGGGUAUCACUUUGGAAGAAGCUAACCAAAUUCUAAAGUCUACCAAGAAGGGUAAGUUGCCAAUCGUUGACGAUGAAAACGUUUUGGUCUCCAUGCUUUCCAGAACCGAUUUGAUGAAGAACCAAUCUUAUCCUCUGGCUUCCAAGUCUGCCACCACCAAGCAAUUGCUAUGUGGUGCUGCUAUCGGUACUAUUGAAGCCGACAAGGAAAGAUUGGCUUUGUUGGUCGACGCUGGUUUGGACGUUGUUGUCUUGGACUCCUCCCAAGGUAACUCUGUCUUCCAAUUGAACAUGAUCAAGUACAUCAAGGAAACUUACCCAGACUUGGAAGUUAUUGCCGGUAACGUUGUCACCAGAGAACAAGCCGCUAGCUUGAUUGCUGCAGGUGCAGAUGGUUUGAGAAUCGGUAUGGGUUCUGGUUCUAUCUGUAUUACUCAAGAAGUUAUGGCUUGUGGUAGACCUCAAGGUACUGCCGUCUACAACGUCACCGAAUUUGCUAACAAGUUUGGUGUUCCUUGUAUCGCUGACGGUGGUGUUCAAAACAUCGGUCACAUUACCAAGGCUAUUGCUUUGGGUGCUUCCACUGUUAUGAUGGGUGGUAUGUUGGCUGGUACCACUGAAUCCCCAGGUGAAUAUUUCUACAGAGACGGUAAGCGUUUGAAGACUUACAGAGGUAUGGGUUCUAUCGACGCCAUGGAAAAGACCGAUGUUAAGGGUAAUGCUGCUACUUCCCGUUACUUCUCAGAAUCUGAUAAGGUCCUCGUCGCCCAAGGUGUGUCUGGUGCCGUCGUUGACAAGGGUUCUGUCAAGAAAUAUAUUCCAUACUUGUACAAUGGUUUGCAACACUCUUGUCAAGACAUUGGUGUUGUCUCUUUGACUGAAUUGAGAGAAAAGGUUGACAACAGCGAAGUUAGAUUCGAAUUCAGAACUGCUUCUGCCCAAUUGGAAGGUGGUGUUCACAACUUGCAUUCCUACGAAAAACGUCUACACAACUAA